AUGCAAUCAGCAAAUUCAAAUCAGCCCAAUGCUAAAAACAUAGGCCAUUACUUAUUAGGCAGAACCAUAGGGCAAGGAACAUUCGGAAAAGUAAAAAUUGGAACCCAUAUUCUAACAAGCGAAAAAGUUGCCGUUAAAAUUUUGGAAAAAGAAAGAAUUAAAGACAUUUCUGACAUAGAAAGAGUUUCAAGAGAAAUUCAUAUUUUAAAGCUUAUUAGACACCCAAAUAUCAUACAGCUGUAUGAAAUUAUUGAAACGCAAAGCAAGCUAUUUUUGAUCAUGGAAUAUGCUAGUGGAGGAGAAUUAUUUGAUUAUAUCGUGGCUGAAAAGAAAAUCAAAGAACUCGAAGCUUGCAAGUAUUUUCAGCAAAUAAUUGCAGGAGUUGAGUAUAUUCACAGACUUGGGGUUGCUCAUAGAGACUUGAAGCCAGAAAAUCUGCUUUUAGAUUCCAAAAAAAAUAUAAAGAUUGUUGAUUUUGGGUUGAGCAAUACAUAUAAAGAAGGCGAAAAGCUAAAAACUGCUUGUGGAAGCCCAUGCUAUGCUGCGCCUGAAAUGAUAGAUGGGAAAGAUUAUAACGGAUUAAAAGCUGAUAUAUGAAGUUGUGGAGUAAUUUUAUAUGCAAUGCUUGCAGGGUAUUUACCGUUUGAAGAUCCAGACACUGGAAAACUUUAUAAAAAAAUACUCAAAGGAAAAUAUGAGAUACCAGAUUGAAUAUCAAAGGACGCAAGAGAUCUUCUAGGGAAAAUUCUCAGCACGGAGCCUAACAAAAGAAUUACAGUAGAAAAAAUCAAAAGCCAUCCUUGAUUUUCUUUAAUGCAUCAAAACACUUCAAAUGGGUUGUUAGUAGGCUAUUCUACAAUUCCAGUAAAUCAAUCGGUUCUUAGAAAACUUGAUGAAUAUGGCUUUGAUUUAAAUUACUGCCAACGCUGUAUUGAAGCUAAUAAGCACAAUCAUUUAACCACAACUUAUUACCUUCUUUAUCGCAAGUUAAGCCCUCCACCUGAUCCUGAGCCAGAACCUAAGCCACCUAUAAUCCGUCCAAGCUUUGUUCCAGCACCUCCUAUAGCUCCAGAAAUAAAUGAGAAAUUUAAUCAUAGAAAAUAUCACAGAAAAAAAGUAGAAAGCACUGGAGGUUCUUCAUCAAAUGAAGGAGAAAUUUUAUUUGGCAAACAAAUAGCUUCAAGAUCUAAUAGAAAUAGCCCAAGAACAGUCAUUAAAAGCAUUUAUACACAUAUAUCUGGUCCUCGAAACUUGAGUACUGGAAGGCAUCCUCAAGAGCCUACAAUCCCAAGGCCUGCAAAUGCAAAGGCAUUUAGAAGAAAAAUCGUGAACCCUUCUCAACACAAUACUCCUAAAAAGGUCAAUAAAUCAGUAGACUAUGGGAAAAGUAUUUUUGGGGAGUCAUCUAAAAGGCACACUAGAGCGAAUAGCUCUCUUGUGUCGCAUCGUAAAACAGAUCGCAUACAUUUUUAA